AUGGAAGAGCAGCGCUGCCGCCACAUGGCUCGCCUCGUCCUCACGCGGCCCCACGGCCAGCAAGCCACCACCGAGUGCUGCACCAUUCCAUUUCCCCUCCGCCCUUGUUCUAUUCCGUCCGUAGUGCCCCAGCUUCCCCUGUGUCCAUUCAGUUCCUUCAUUCAAUGCAACCCCAGCUCGAAUCUCCUCCGUGACGUGCAGCUCUCCACACGUCCUGCUUCUCCGAUGCCACUCCAGGUCCACCCCCUCCUCCUGCUCCUCUUGGUCAGCUCGCUUCCCUCCUGCGCCAUCUCCUCCGGUUCCUCCUCUUGCGCCGGCCGCGACGACGCGGCCAUCGUCGCCGCCGCGUUCCGGCACGUGCGCAACUUCCGGGCCCCGAGGACGAAAGCAUGCCAGCCGGUCAGAGCGCUCCGCCUCCCGUCGCGGAACCUCACCGGCGCGGUGUCGUGGGCGGCGCUGGCAAACCUGUCCGCGCUCGCCGCGGUUGACCUCUCGGGCAACGCGCUCCAGGGCGCCAUCCCGGGCGGGUUCUGGCGCGCGCCAUCGCUCCGCGCGGUUGACGUCUCCCGCAACCAGCUCGGUGGCGCGCUCCGGGUGGAGCCCAACCCGCAGCUCCAGUCGCUCAACGUAUCCGGCAACCGCUUCACCGGCGUCGACGGGGUGGAAGGGCUCUCGGGGCUCGUCGCGCUUGACGUGUCAACGAACAGGAUCCGGGCGGUGCCGCGGGGUCUGCGGCGUCUGACACGGUUGAAGCGGCUCGACCUGUCCUCGAACGGGAUGCGGGGGUGGUUCCCCGGCGACUUGCCGCCGCUCGGUGGGGUGCGUUCGUUGAACGUCUCGUACAACAAGUUCUCCGGCGUGGUGGACACGGGCGCCGUCACGAAGUUCGGCCACUCGGCGUUCGUUCACGCCGGCAAUGCGUCGCUGGUGUUCUCGGGCCACUCGACAGAGCCACGGCGGCCACGGCCAUCACCUCCUCAUGGAAAAAGCAAAAAGAACGGUGGUUCGGCCGGGACGUCGACGGAGAGCAAGGCGACGAGGAGUAGCAAGAAGAGGAAGCAUCUGAGCAUCGUGGCGGUGGCGGUGAUCUGCGGGGUGGUGUCCCUGGCCAUGCUGCUCUGCCUGGUCGGGUGCGUGGCGUGCGGCGUGCUGAAGUCCAGGCAGAAGGGAGGAAAAGACGACGACGAGAAGAAGCCACAAUGGGGCGAGAAGGGCGAGGAGGAGAAGGAGGAGGACGUGGUGGUCGCGGCGGCCAGGGGUGCAUCGGCAGCGCCCGUGGUGCUGUUCGAGCGGCCGCUGAUGCAGCUCACGCUGGCCAACCUGGCCGCGGCCACGUCGGGCUUCGGCCGCGAGUCGCAGCUCGCGGAGCGCGGCGGCCGCAGCGGCGCAGCGUACAGGGCCGUGCUCCCCGGCGACCAGCACGUCGUCGUGCGCGUCGUGGAGGGCGCCAUGGCCGGGCUCGGCGAGGACGACAACCCGGCGGCCGCUGCCACCGCAUUCCGGGAGCUCGCGCGCCUCCGCCACCCCAACAUUCUUCCGCUCCUUGGCUACUGCAUUGCAGGCAAAGAGAAGCUGCUACUGUACGAGUACAUGGAGAAGGGCGAUCUGCACCGGUGGCUGCACGAGCUGCCAGCGGGUCGGCCGGACAUGGACGACACGGGCAGCGGCGACAUUUGGGAGGCGGCGGAGGUCAAGCGGUCCAUCUCCGACUGGCCGACCCGGCACCGCAUCGCGCUGGGGGUCGCCCGGGGCCUGGCGUUCCUGCACCAGGGAUGGGCCGGCGGGUCGGGGCGCGCGGCGGUCGUGCACGGCCACCUGGUGCCGACCAACGUUCUGCUGUGCGACGACCUGGAGCCCCGGAUCUCAGACUUCGGGCACAACAACGACCCGCCGUCGGCGGCGACGCCCGAGGGCGACGUGUACGGGUUCGGCGUGCUGGUGCUGGAGCUGAUGACGGGGCAGGCCGGGUGGGACGAGGCGUCCGUGAGCUGGGCGCGGGGCAUCAUCCGCGACGGCAAAGGGCUGGACAUCGUGGACCCUAGGGUGCGGGACGAGGCCGCCGGGGCGGAGGCGGAAGCGGAGCGAGAGAUGGUGGAGUGCCUGCGGGUGGGGUACCUCUGCACGGCGCACGCGCCGGACAAGCGGCCGACAAUGCAGCAGGUAGUGGGGGUGCUCAAGGACAUCCGGCCGGCGCCUCCCACACCCGGUCCGGGCAGCUGAGCCAAGUGCCACCAGCCACGCCGGGGGGGUCGGACUCGGACGGACACAUGCUCGGGGUCGGGGUCGCUGGCUUGCACGAAGCGGCGGCGUGGCCAGUGGCCGUUCCCUCCCAAUCGAGGAGAAGCGUCCGUCCGUUGUUUUGCCUUAUGCCUUGCGGUUGCGGGUUAUCCAUGAUCCACCAAUGGAUCGGGAGCAGCUUUUGCUGUUGCACGGGGUCCUGGUGGCCUGAUGUAGUGUGGACCAGAACGAGACCUCGUUGUUUGUACUUUGCUGAGAUGUGAAUGUAACAGUUUUCUUUGCCACUUUUCAUUGAUGAGAUGCCUGAUUUCUAUCUUCUCUUUUAAAAAAAUAAUGUAUCCAUCCAUUUGUUUAAUUUUUUUCCUGUAAUAAAAUUGAUCUCAACUUUA